UAAUAAUACAUUAUGUAAUAUGACUAUACAGGGUCUCAUCCGGAGGGGCGGAGCGGCUCGGUGCAGUGAGUCUCUGCGGGGGACCGAGCAUCUCAGACAGGAUGGAGCCUGUUGGUAAGCGGUGGCCGCUCCGCUGAUCCCCGGCCGGCCGGUGAUUGUGUCCGGACCGCCGGUGAAGAUGUCGGUCUCCGGGAUGAAGAAGCAGCUCCACAAAGCCAGCCAGCUGCUGAAUGAGCGGCUGAUGGGAGCUGAAGGAACAAAGAUGGACGACGACUUCCUGAAGAUGGAGAAGAGUGUUGUGGUCAUCCACUCUCUGCUGGUGGAGCUGUUGUCCAGAACUACAGAGUUCCUCCAACCAAACCCAGCAGACAGAGCUAAACUGAGUAUGCUCAACACGAUGUCCAGGAUUCGAGGGCAGGGGAAGUCGGUGGGUUACCCUCAGACAGAGGGCAUGCUGGGAGACUGUAUGAUGCAGUACGGCCAGGAGCUCGGAGCUGCUUCUGAAUUUGGCGGAGCUCUGACUGAUGUGGGUGAAGCUCUGCAGCAGGUCGCUCAGGCCAAAGAUGCUCUGGAUGUUGACGUCAAACGCACCUUCAUCGACCCUCUGCAGGAGCUCCAUAACACAGAGCUGAAGGAGAUCAGGUACCAGCUGAAGAAAGUGAACGGUCGUCGGCUGGAUUUUGACUACAAGAGGAGACGAAAAGGGAAAGUCCCAGCUGAAGAGGUCCAACAGGCCUGUGACAAAUUCAUCACUUCCAAAGAGAUGGCAGAGAGGAGCAUGUUCACUCUGCUGCAGAGUGACGUGGAUCAGCUCCGUCGCCUGGCAGCUCUGGUCGCUGCCCUGCUGGACUUUCACCACAACGCCCACCGCACCCUGCUGGGUCUCCUUGGCAACAUGCAGGCCAGGCUGACUGCGGCCAGUAACAAACCAGAACGACGGUUCAGACCGAAAAAGAUCCGACUCAGAAGUGAACACAAUGCCACCAUCGGAUUCCACCACCAGCCGUCGAUCACAUCUACUAUUUCCUCAGGAGAGCAGUUCACAGUGUUACCGUCCAGACCCGGCAGCCCCAUCUCCUGUUACGCUGACAGUCAGCUGGUCCUGGAUCAGCCCUGCUGCCGGGCUCUAUAUUCCUUUCACUCGAGCCACGAGGGCGAGCUGAGCUUCAAGGAGGGCGACGUCAUCAUCCUCGCAAAUCAGGUCGACCCCAACUGGUACGAGGGCUCAAUCGGCAGCCAGUCGGGACUGUUCCCCAUCAGCUACGUCAAUGUGCUGGUGCCUCUGCCGUUACCGUGACGACACAUCAAACAUAUCCACACUGAAUGCAGAAAUCAGAUCGUACGUGUUUGAGUGUGGGGGGUUUUUCUCGACGAUAUGCAACUUUUCAGCUUCUUAUUUGCACUUUUUUCACAAGCGACUCAGCAGGCGACUUGUCUGUUUUACUGGGAAAGAAGGCCAUAGUUUCUACACUGUAGAGCACUUUAGUUUCUGACCUCAUGUUUAAAAAAUUAAAACACCAGUCGCUCAAGAGAGGCUAAGUCAGUAGAUGUAGACAUUUUUAGAAUAAUGUGUGUUUCCCUUUAAGACAUUUGCCUUCAUUUGCCUGCACAAAACUGCUCCUGCCUUCACAUUAGUGCACAUUUCUAUUUCUAGACUUCACACCAGUUUGAUUCUAUCUGAAUUUUUCAGUGAGAUAGACUGCAGACUGCAUGCAUGAAAUAUACAAUUUCAUGACAAGUAUAAAUAAAAGAUACUAUUAUGUAAGUUUAAUGUACACUGCCGUUGAAAAGUUUGGAAUCUCCUGCCACUGAAACGUGAUCAGGUCCAGUCUAAAAAAUUGUCAAAAGUAUCAGUACUUUGAUACUUUUUCAAUACACUGAAAAAAGAAAAUAGUUGAACCAACUU